AUGCAGUUAUCUGAAAUAGACAACGUUAAAAUUUACAAUCUCAGCGUUGGAAAAUCCCUACCUGAUUGGCUGACAGAAAGAAAAAAGCGUGCCCUGCUCAAGAAAAAUGUUGAUCUCAGACGAAGAAUUGAGCUAAUUCAAGAGUUUGAUAUGCCAGGAGUGAGCACCACUAUCAGAGUUUCUAAAGAUGGACAAUAUAUAAUGACCACCGGCAUUUAUAAACCAAGAAUAAAAUGCUAUGACGUUAAUAAUUUGUCCUUAAAGUUUGAAAGAUGUCUCGAUUCUGAAGUUGUAACAUUUGAAAUAUUAAGUGAGGACUAUUCUAAGAUAGUAUUUUUGCAAUGUGAUCGUUAUGUGGAAUUCCAUGUAGGACAUGGUAGACACUAUCGACUAAGAGUACCCAGAUUUGGAAGAGAUAUAGCAUAUCAUCGGCCAUCAUGCGAUCUUUUUGUUGUGGGUGCAUCAUCUGAAGUUUAUAGAUUGAAUUUGGAAAUAGGUCAAUUUUUAGCUCCAUAUGUAACAAAGGCGAAUGAAAUUAAUUGUUGUGCUGUUAAUGAGGAACAUGGAUUAUUGAUGCUAGGCACGGAAUCUGGUCAUGUUGAAGCAUGGGACCCUCGCACUAAAUCAAGACAGGGAAUAUUAGAUUGUGCCAUGCAUUGUACAGAUUCAGAAUACAAAAAUGAUAAAUUGCCUGCCAUAACUGCUGCCAAGUUUGAUGGACCUCUCAGGAUGGGUGUAGGGACAUCUACAGGUCAUGUACUGUUGUAUGACAUUAGAUCAAGUAAACCACUCCUUGUAAAAGACCACAUGAAUGAAAUACCUAUAAAAGCAUUAGAAUUCCAUAAAACAAUGGAUUAUGUUUAUUCUAUGGAUUCAACUGUUGUCAAAAUAUGGGAUAAGAAUACAGGCAAGCAGUACACAAGCAUAGAAUCAUCAGCUGAUUUCAAUGAUUUAUGUGUUAUUCCAAACACAGGAUUAAAUUUGAUGGCUGUUGAAGACCAAAAAAUGCAGAUAUAUUACAUUCCCUCAUUAGGACCAGCACCUAGGUGGUGUGCUUUCUUGGAUAAUUUAACAGAAGAAUUAGAAAGCUCUGCAGCACAAACAGUUUAUGAUGAUUACAAGUUCAUCACUAAACAAGAGCUGGAAUCAUUAGGCCUUGAUCACUUGCUGGGUACCAAUCUGUUACGAGCAUACAUGCAUGGAUUCUUUGUUGAUGUGCGUUUAUACAAGAGAGCGAAAUCGAUCGCGGAUCCAUUUGCGUUUGAGCAAUAUAAGAAACGUAAGAUCAGAGAAAAGAUUGAGCAAGAGAGACCAUCCAGACUAAAGGUCGAAGAUAACUUGCCAAAAGUCAACAGAGAUUUGGCAUCUAAACUUAUGGAUGACAGCGGAAGAAAGAAGAAGCAGACUACUAAUCUGCUCAAAGAUGAUCGAUUUAAGGCUCUGUUUGAAAAUCCUGACUUUGAGGUGGAUAGAGAAGCUGAGGAAUAUCGCCUACUCAAUCCAGUUUUAUCUAGGCUCGAUAAAAACAAAGACAAGAAAAUGGAAACCGAAACAUCAAUGCAGGUGGAAGAAACUGAAGAUAAGGAUUCGGAUAUGGAACUGUAUGAUACUAGUGACGGCGAAAGUUCAGAUGAAGACCGAUCAUGGGUUAAAGAAGUGAAAAAGCAACAUAAAAUCAUUAGAAAUAAGUCACGACAAGAAGAUGACGCGCAACCCAUCGAGGAGCAGGUUUACGAAUCUAAUAACGCUCCUAGGUCUACAAAUAUCAUCAAAAGUAUAACACGGGUUAGCAAGGCUAGCUUAGGAGACCGGUUAGCUAAAGAAAACUUUUCCACUAUGGUCACGACUGCUGGCGGAAAUCGCGAAAUGAAGUUUAGUAUGAGAGGGAAGAAAUCAGAAACGCAAAAUCAAAAACAAAUGAAGAAACAUCAUCAAGAGCGAAAACAGUUUGUCAGAAAAACAGGAUUUUUAAUGAAGAAAAAGCUACCAAAAUCGUUAUAA